AUGGCUGCGAAUACCGCCGGAACCGCCUCGACAGGCUCAGCAGUGCGCAUGACACAUGACCCGAUUGUGUCCCCUGCCGACACACCCAAUUUUCUGGAUAAUGAAUUUGUACCGUCCAAGGCUACUCAGUGGAUUCCAGUCUACGAUCCCGCCACCAACAAUCUGGUCACGCGCGUCCCUCAGUCUACUGCAGAGGAACUCUCUAUAGCAGUUUCUUCAGCCCAAAACGCAUUCCCGACAUGGAGGGCCACCAGUAUCAUUGCACGCCAGCAAAUUAUGUUCCGCUUUACCCACCUCAUCAAGGAGAACUGGGACCGCUUGGCUGCAUCCAUUACAUUAGAGCAAGGCAAAACUUUCAAGGAUGCCCGGGGAGAUGUUUUACGUGGAUUACAGGUGGCCGAAACUGCAUGCGGCAUCACUACUCAACUCCCAGGUGAGGUUCUCGAAGUUGCUCGAGACAUGGAAACAAGAAGUUAUCGAGAGCCUCUUGGGGUCGUCGCUGCCAUUUGCCCGUUCAACUUUCCUGCCAUGAUUCCUCUUUGGUGUAUCCCGAUUGCAGUCGUGACCGGAAACACUCUCAUCUUGAAACCGUCAGAGAGAGACCCCGGUGCUGCUUUGAUUCUGGCCGAACUUGCUCGUGAAGCCGGGCUCCCAAAAGGAGUCUUGAAUAUUGUUCAUGGUGCUGUGGAUACCGUCAACUUUAUCAUUGAUGAGCCUGCAAUUCGUGCAAUCAGCUUUGUUGGUAGCAACCGUGCUGGUGAAUACAUCUACUCACGGGGCUCAGCUAAUGGAAAACGCGUUCAAGCAAACCUUGGCGCUAAGAACCACGUUGUUCUUCUUCCUGAUGCAGACAAAGAGACGGCUCUCAAUGCUAUAGCAGGUGCUGCAUUUGGGGCGGCGGGACAACGUUGUAUGGCGCUAAGUGUACUUGUGACAGUCGGCGAAAGCUCCAGUUAUAUACCAGAACUGGUGGAGAAGGCUCGAAAGCUAGUCGUGUCUGCUGGUUUCGAGAGAGAUGCCGACGUGGGUCCAGUGAUCAGUUCCGAAAGCAGAGCGAGAAUUGAGUCUCUUAUCGCGAGUGCCGAGCGUGAAGGAGCGUCAAUACUUCUAGAUGGCAGAGGAUACAAACCAGAAAAGUACCCCCAAGGAAACUUUGUGGCGCCCACGGUCAUCACCAAUGUCAACGCCAACAUGGCAUGUUACAAAGAAGAGAUCUUUGGUCCCGUGUUAGUUUGUAUCUCCGUACAGACCCUAGAACAAGCUGUUGAACUUCUCAACGCAAAUGAGUAUGGUAACGGUGCAUCUAUUUUUACCAAGUCGGGCUCGUCGGCCUCGUACUUCCAAAAGAAUAUCGAGGCAGGACAGGUCGGUAUCAAUGUUGCAAUUCCAGUCCCGCUUCCUAUGUUCUCCUUCACUGGAAACAAGAAGAGCAUUGCGGGGCAAAAAACUGUCACCAGUCUUUGGCGCCGGGAAAAUGUUGAUUCUGGAAAACAGGUCGUCAUGCCAUCCCACCUGUGA